AUGAACGUGGAAAAACAAUGCCAGGAGAAUUUAAUUAAUCUAUCACCAUCCUCAUUAUUUUCUUUGAAACAACGAUCCCUUUAUGUUAAUGGACGACAUUCUAAUGAUUUGUCUUGUAAUGGAUGCCAUCGGAAUUCAGCCGAUUCUAGUUCAAGUUAUAGCAGUUCUGGUUUUGAAAGUAUGAAGUGUGGUUCUUCGCAUGUUUGUUCAGCAAUUGGUGCUCAAGACGCUAUUGUUAGUAAUUCUGCAGUUUUAAGAACUUCAUCUACAAUAUAUGGAUCAUCAUCGGGCCUAUUACUGAACAGUUCGCAAUCACGUCUUUCGAUACAGAGCAGUAUUAGUGGUGAUGCUUCUUUAGUCAUAAAUAAUAUGGCAAACAUAUUCGACCAUUCAGCAUCUGAACGUUUGCAUGAAGAUCAUUUAAAGGAUAUUAUUAGAUUAUCGCUUUCUGACAUAAUGAUCGAAAGAAUGUCGGAAGCAGAAAUUUUGGCAUUGUGGCUGGGUGGUUUAGGAUAUCCAGAAUAUUUAACAGCAUUCUUGACUCAAGGCUACGAUCUCUCAACGAUCGCACGGGUUACACCUGAAGAUCUGACAGCACUGGGAAUAACCCAUCCAACUCAUCGAAGAUUUCUUAUCUCUGAAAUUCACAGGUGGCAUAUAACCGAUACUUGGCCUACACUGGUACCAUCAGGAGAGUUAAGAGAUUGGCUUCCAUUAAUUGGUCUUCCUGAAUAUGUUGCUUUAUUCGAGGAUCAAGGAUAUUGCAGAAUUGAUGAAGUUAAAAAUUUUACAUGGGAAGACUUCGAAGAUAUUGGUAUCAAGAAGCUGGGACAUUUAAAGCGUCUUGGUCUUGCUAUUAAAAAAAUGAAGAUUUACCCACAAUAUCAGUUAAAUGUAAAGAACGAGGCGGUUCCCUACCAUUUGCAAGGAUGUGGUGGACAGUUGCUGGAAGCUGGCUUGAAUAAGCAAGAAUCAGAUUCAUCGCAAAUGAAUCUAUGUCGUAUUUCUCGAUUUCUUUCUGAUGAAAGUUUCCAGAAGCAUUCUGUCAUCCAGCCUGUGCUCCCGGCUAAAAUCCUAAGUACCACUGAUAAUUCCAUCAGUUCUGAUUCAGAAGAUUAUCCACCUCCUCCUGCACCCUUAGUAUGUGAGGGGUCCGUCGAGCUUUUGAGAUCGGCAUUUAAUGAAACAACAAUGGCAGCAACAGCUGAAUCAGGCACAACAAACGGAUACAAAUGUAAUGAAGGAUCGGCAAGUACCAGUUUUCAAUGGCCGAAGACACCACGUCUCAGUUACUCAACACCAACCAAUAAUGGUAGUUUAUUGAACGAUAUUGGUUGUAUGCUGCAAAACUUAACGGAUGAGUUGGAUGCCAUGUUGUCACCUUCGCAGUCUCCCAGUAGGCAAAUCUCUUUCUAA